AUGGACCCUCAAUCCCUCGCCCAAUCCCUAACCCCAUCUAAAGUGCACGCCGCCCACGCCCUCAUAAAACCCUACAUCCACCGCACGCCACUAUUGACCAACAAAACCCUCAACGGAAUAGCCUCCACGCCGCAAACCCCAGAUGCGUUGAAGGGAACACCCUACGAGGGACAGACACCUGCGGCCCCGACUAUCCGGUUCUUCUUCAAAUGCGAGAAUCUGCAGCGCAUUGGCGCGUUCAAGGCCCGGGGCGCGUUUCAUGCUCUGCUGAGACUCAUUGAGGAGAGGGGGGAGGAGGAGGUUAGGAGGAUGGGGGUUGUUACGCAUAGUUCUGGAAACCACGCGCAAGCCCUAGCCCUCGCAUCCUCCACGCUCAACAUCCCCUCCUACAUCGUCAUGCCCAGCAUCAGCACCACCUCCAAAAUCGAAGGCACAAAAGCCUACGCCACGAAAGUCGUCUUCAGCGGAUCAACAAGCACCGAGCGCGAAGCCGUCGUCGCCGAAGUCCAGAGCCAAACCGAUGCCAUCCUCAUUCCGCCGUACGACGACUUCAACAUUAUCUGUGGCCAGGGCACGACGGGUCUCGAGAUUGAAGAGCAGUACCUGGAACUUCUGGCGCAGAACCCACAGUUGAGUGUCCAUGGUUCGUCUGGGUCGGGGUUAGAUGCGGUGAUUACGCCUAUUGGGGGUGGGGGUUUGAAUGCUGGUGUGGCGACUUUCUUUUCGGAUAAGAAGACGAGGGUUUUUGGGGCGGAGCCGAGUUUUGAGGGCGCGGAUGAUUGUCGACGAGGCCUGGAGGCCGGGGAGCGGGUGACGAGUGUCAAGUCGUUGACUAUUGGGGAUGGAUUGAGGACUCCUGUGGGAUUGUUGAAUUGGGAGGUUAUUUCGGAUAAAAAGAAGGUGGAGGGCGUGUUUGCGGUUACGGAGGAGCAAAUUAAGGCGGCGAUGAGGCUGGUGUUAGAGAGGAUGAAGGUAGUGGUUGAGCCGAGUGCGGUGGUGGGUUUGGCGGUUUGCUUGUUCAAUGAGGAGUUCCGGAGGAUCGUGGAGAGAGAGGGUGGUGAAGAAGGUUGGGAUAUUGGAAUCGUCUUCAGUGGAGGAAAUACCACUGUCGAGGCGAUAGGGAAGCUUUUUAGUUGA